AAGAAAAAAAAAAAACCCCCUCCCCCCCCCCUCCCCCACCCAACCCCCGUCCCACACUCAGAUCGAAAGCACUUUCUUGUCCGGUUGGCGCGGUGGCUUCCUUCCGCUGCCGCUGCCACCAUCACCACCUUGGGAUUGAGUAUAUACACACACGCACGUAUAUAAACGUCAUACCAUACAUUCAUACUCUACACCACCGCGUACAUACGUGCAUGCAUUUGGUUAAUUAAGCAAACUCAACGUUAAUUUGUUUAAUUAAUAAUUAGUUACUUUAAAAUGAAGGACAAUAACUUACACCGACGGAAGAUGUCAUCAUCGUCGCCGUUAUUGUCCCUUUCGUCCUCCGAGGAGGAGCUCCAACACAUGCCGCUGGCACCGCCCAAGACGUUGAGCCGGAAGCGCUUGAGCAAGCAGUUGUCCAUGUGCGAGACGCCUAGGGACAUCGCGUGGGAGAGGCGGCAGCGCCAGAUUCUCAGCCAGGAGAGGAGGAUGAAUGGGAUCAGAGACUCCGAUGACAUGCAUCUGACCGACGAGGAUUUGCAUGAGCUCAAAGGGUGCAUUGAGCUAGGGUUUGGGUUCAAUGAGGAGGAGGGUCAGAGGUUGAGCGCUACCUUGCCCGCUCUUGACCUUUACUUCGCCGUCAACCGCCAGUUUUCACCGAGCCCCGCGUCCACGCCGAAUAGCGCUAGCGCCCGCCAUUCUACGUCGUCAAUGGGUGGACAUUACUCGUCGUUUGGAAGCCCUAGGAGCGAUACAGAUGCAUGGAAGAUAUGCAGUCCAGGUGAUAAUCCUGAACAGGUGAAGACCAAGUUGAGGCAUUGGGCACAAGCUGUGGCUUGCUCAGUGAUCCAAUCUUCUUGAAGAGUGGAAUUAUCAUCAGAUGGCUUUGCUUGUACAGAGGAUUAAAAAGCAAAAGCAAAAGCAAAACAUGAAAAAAGAGCUUAUUCUUGUUCAUGAGCGAGUGGUGCAGAUUAAGAAAAUUGAAGUGUGAGAUGGCUUUGCUUGUACAGAGGAAACUAUUUCUACUUUCUAGAGAGAAAGAGAGAGACAGACAUAGAAUUAUACAGGAAAAGGAGGAGAGAGGAGAUCGAGAGGAGGAAGAAGAUCGAUAAGGUUAUGAUUAAUUUAGAUAUCAAUUUCUGGAUUAAUUUCUGCUACUAGUUACCAUAUCAGAGAGAUUGAACAUGUUUAGUGGUUUGCAUGCAUGCAAAAAACUGCAAAUUAAGAAGGAUCUAUUGACAAUCAUCAGAUUUGGUUGGUUUGAUUGGAGGAUUAAUCUGCUUAAUUUUCUCAUUAGUUUUGAAUCCAAUUAAAUUUCUCUUGGUGCUCUGCGCAGCACGUUUAUCAUGUAAGAUAUCAUUUUUGGGACACAGAGAGAUUUGAUGAUGUAUAAUACUGGGGACAUCUCACAUGCAUGCAACCACACCAUUAGUAGCACAUCCGAUCUUAUCGAUGAAUGUGAAAGUGGAAUUGGAGGAAUGUAAACAAUUGCCUUUAAUAAAUAGACUCAUAUUCUUAGAAAAAUUAA